CAUAACCUUUGCUCAGUUAUUCUUCCCAGCAUACAAGAUGUUCCAAAUUCCCGUUCCAAACAUACUUGACAACCUCAAGAAUGGUUCCCACAAAAAGAUCAAAGGAACCGUGGUGCUCAUGAAGAACAAUGUGUUGGACUUCAAUGAUUUUCAUGCUUCGGUUCUCGACCGUGUGCAUGAGUUUCUGGGACAAGGCGUUUCUUUGCAGCUCAUUAGUGGUGAUUCUUCAACUGGGUCGCAAGGAAAACUCGGAAAAGUAGCAUAUUUGGAGAACUGGAUCGGCACACUCGGUCCGGUAACAGCAGGAGAGACUACAUUCAAGGUUACCUUUGACGUUGAAGGCGACAUAGGAGUUCCAGGAGCAUUUGUAAUAAGAAACAAUCAUCACAGUCAGUUCUUCCUCAAGACGGUCACACUCGAAGAUGUUCCGAGUGCCGGUCACAUCCUCUUUGUUUGCAACUCAUGGGUUUACCCUGCAUCGAAAUACAAGAAAGACCGUGUUUUCUUUGCUAACAAGACGUAUCUUCCGAGUGAUACUCCAUUGCCAUUACGCAAAUACAGACAACAGGAACUUGAGCAGUUAAGGGGAAAUGGAACAGGAGAGCUCGAGGAAUGGGACAGGGUCUACGACUAUGCUUGCUACAAUGAUCUCGGUGACCCAGACAAGGGUUCGAAAUAUGUCCGUCAAACUCUUGGAGGGUCUAGCGAGUACCCUUACCCUCGUAGAGGAAGAACAGGUCGAUCACCUACAAGGACAGAUCCCAACUGCGAGAGUAAGAUCCCUCUAGUUGAUCUGCUGCGCUUAGACAUUUAUGUUCCGAGAGAUGAACGAUUCGGACACUUGAAGAUGUCCGACUUCAUUGCUUAUGGACUGAAAUCUUUGGCUCAGUCCGUUAAACCAGCGCUACAAUCCAAGUUUGAUAAAACUCCUAACGAGUUUGACAGCUUCCAAGAUGUUCUCAACUUGUAUGAUGGAGGGUUUCCGAUGCCUGAAGGUCUAUUUAAGGAUGUUGGUGACAAGAUUCCUUUGACCAUGUUCAAGGAAAUUUUCCGAACUGAUGGCGAACGAUUCCUCAAAUUCCCAGUGCCUCAAGUGAUCAAAGAGGAUAGGACUGCUUGGAGGACUGAUGCAGAAUUUACCAGAGAAAUGCUGGCUGGUGUCAACCCUGUCACUAUUCGUCGCCUCCAAGAGUUUCCACCAGCAAGCAAACUAGAUCCAAAAGUUUUUGGCGAUCACCGCAGUACCGUAAGAGAAGAACACAUCAAGAAUAACUUGGAUGGGCUAACGGUGCAUCAGGCACUCAAGGACAACAGGUUAUUCAUAUUAGACCAUCAUGAUCACUUCAUGCCGUACCUGAGGCGGAUAAAUGAAACUGAUAACAGGAUCUAUGCCAGUAGGACACUCCUUUUCUUACAAAGUGAUGGGACUUUGAAGCCAUUAGUGAUUGAACUAAGCUUGCCUCACCCUGAAAAAGAUCACUUGGGUUGCACUAGCAAAGUAUAUACACCAGCUGAACAUGGUGUUGAGAGCUCCAUAUGGCAACUGGCCAAGGCUUACGUGGCUGUAAAUGACUCUGGAUUUCAUCAACUGAUCAGUCACUGGUUGAAUACCCAUGCGGUCAUUGAACCGUUUGUAAUAGCCACCAACAGGCAACUGAGCGUUCUUCAUCCAGUUCACAAGCUUCUGCAUCCUCACUUCCGUGACACGAUGAAUAUAAAUGCCCAGGCAAGGCAAAUACUCAUUAAUGCCGGUGGCAUUCUGGAAUCCACAGUUUUCCCAGGAAAGUAUGCAAUGGAAUUGUCAGCUGUGGUUUAUAAGAAUUGGGUCUUCCCAGACCAAGCUCUCCCUACAGAUCUCCUGAAGAGAGGGGUGGCUGUCAAGGAUGCCAAUUCUCCACACGGUGUUCGCCUACUGAUAGAGGACUACCCAUUUGCUGUUGAUGGACUUAAUAUCUGGUCUGCAAUACAAACAUGGGUUAGAGACUACUGCUCCUUCUACUACAAGACUGAUUAUAUGGUCCAACAAGACAUUGAACUCCAGUCAUGGUGGAAGGAACUUGUGGAGAAGGGUCAUGGUGACAAAAAGAAUGAACCCUGGUGGCCUAAAAUGCAAACUCUUGACGAGCUCAUCGAAUCAUGCACUAUCAUCAUUUGGACUUCCUCUGCUCUCCAUGCAGCCGUCAACUUUGGACAGUACCCCUUUGCUGGAUACCUUCCGAACCGGCCAACUGUAAGCAGGAGAUUUAUGCCUGAGAUAGGAACUCCCGAAUAUGAAGAGCUCAAGACCAAUCCUGAUUUGGCUUUCUUGAAAACUAUUACUGCUCAGUUGCAGACUGUGAUCGGUGUUUCACUGAUUGAAAUUCUGUCUAGGCAUGCUAGUGAUGAAGUCUAUCUAGGGCAGAGAGACACACCUGGAUGGACAUCGGAUACAAAAGUGUUGGAAGCGUUCGAGAGGUUCGGAAAGAGACUAGCUGAGAUUGAGGAUAGUAUUAUAUGCAUGAACAAUGACGGGAAGCUGAAGAACCGAGUUGGACCAGUCAAGAUGCCUUAUACUUUGCUCUAUCCUACCGGUGAAGCUGGACUUUCUGGCAAGGGAAUCCCUAAUAGUAUCUCAAUCUAAAGCAGCUACCUAGUUUAUUUCUCUAAUGUUGAAAAUAUUGUUGUUGUUGUUGAUUGCUUCUUUAAUUAAGGAUUAUGUUGCUUAAAUAACCCCAUGCAAGUACUUGAUAAUGGGAAAG